CUUUCUUUCCGUUUAUGCACAGCCUCAGCUUCUCAGCCCCCAACUCGGACUAUAAAUCUUUGACCCGAAUUCCGAAACUAUAACCAGCAGCAAUGUCUUCCAGUGAAGGAGAGAACAAGAAUCCAAUCAACCCGGCUCUUGAACCCGACUCUGAUGCUCCAGUUGAACCGGGUCUGGAGUUGGCCCAGUUUGCAGCCGGCUGCUUCUGGGGUGUGGAACUGAGGUUUCAGAGAGUGGAGGGCGUGGUGAAGACUGAAGUGGGCUACUCACAGGGCCAUGUCGACAACCCGAAUUACAAGCUGGUCUGCACCGGAUCCACGAACCAUGCUGAAGUGGUCCGGGUUCAGUUUGACCCGAAGGUUUGCCCGUACACCACUUUGCUUGAUGUGUUCUGGGCUCGCCAUGAUCCCACUACUCUCAAUCGCCAGGGAAAUGAUGUUGGGACACAGUACAGGUCUGGGAUAUACUAUUACAAUGAGACACAGGCUGAAUUAGGUAGAGAGUCGUUGGAAGCGAAGCAGAAAGAGAUCAAGGAUAAGAAGAUCGUGACAGAAAUUCUUCCGGCCAAGACGUUCUAUCGAGCAGAAGAGUAUCAUCAGCAGUAUUUGGAGAAGGGGGGGAGGAACGGUUUGAAGCAGUCGGCUGCCAAAGGCUGCAAUGACCCCAUCCGCUGCUACGGCUGAUGCAGCAGAUAAGAUAUAAGGGCUGGUGUCUUGUUAUUCCAAGUGUGCCUGUGUUGCUUAACAACGUUGUCGGUUGCGUGGUAAUUUAAAUGAACAUAUGAAAAUCAUGUUUUUAUAGCUGUUGAAUUUCAGUUUAAAAUAAGUUGAAUGUUUGGUUCUGUUUUCUGAGGAACAAUCUCAAACGUUAUGACAGACUUGGACAUUGCAGAGAGCUGCCCAAAUCCUAUUGUCAACCACUGAGUGGUGUUGGCAUUAGUUUCUACUUUUAUGGUUGGAAUAUAUUGAAAAGUGCUUAUAUUAAAAUAUUACAUACACCCAUUUUGUGUC